UAGAUUGAAAAAGGAGGAACAUGAAUCUCACAAACUGUACCACGGAAGCCAACAUGGCUGUGAGACCCAAGACCAUCACAGAGAAGAUGCUCAUUUGCCUGACUCUGGUGAUUAUCACCACCCUGACCAUGUUGCUAAACUCAGCUGUGAUUGUAGCCAUCUGCACCACCAAGAAACUCCAUCAGCCUGCAAACUACCUAAUCUGCUCUUUGGCGGUGACGGACCUCCUGGUGGCAGUGCUGGUCAUGCCCCUUAGCAUCAUGUACAUUGUCAUGGACAGUUGGAAGCUUGGGUAUUUCGUCUGUGAGGUAUGGCUGAGUGUGGACAUGACCUGCUGCACCUGCUCCAUCCUCCAUCUCUGUGUGAUUGCCCUGGACAGGUACUGGGCCAUCACCAAUGCUAUUGAAUAUGCCAGGAAGAGGACAGCCAAGAGGGCUGGACUGAUGAUCCUCACGGUCUGGACCAUCUCCAUCUUCAUCUCCAUGCCCCCUCUGUUCUGGAGGAGCCACCGCCAACUCAGCCCACCCCCCAGUCAAUGUACUAUCCAGCAUGACCACGUCAUCUACACCAUUUACUCCACACUUGGGGCAUUUUAUAUCCCCUUGACUUUGAUCCUGAUUCUCUAUUACCGCAUUUAUCAUGCCGCCAAGAGUCUUUACCAGAAAAGAGGGUCGAGCCGGCACUUAAGCAACAGAAGCACAGACAGUCAGAAUUCUUUCGCAAGUUGUAAACUUACACAGACUUUCUGCGUGUCUGACUUCUCCACCUCAGACCCUACCACAGAGUUUGAAAAGAUCCACACCUCCAUCAGGAUCCCUCCCUUCGACAAUGAUCUAGAUCACCCAGGGGAACGCCAGCAAAUCUCUAGCACCAGGGAACGUAAGGCAGCACGCAUCCUGGGACUGAUUUUGGGUGCAUUCAUUUUGUCUUGGCUGCCAUUCUUCAUCAAAGAGUUGAUUGUAGGUCUGAGCAUCUACACUGUGUCCUCUGAAGUGGCUGAUUUUUUGACAUGGCUUGGCUAUGUUAAUUCUCUGAUCAACCCUCUGUUGUACACGAGUUUUAAUGAAGACUUUAAACUGGCUUUUAAAAAGCUCAUUAGGUGCAGAGAGCAUACUUAGAUAGUAAAAAACCAAAAGGUGUGACUUUUACCAGAGCCUCGUGAGUGGAUGGGGGUACGGGGUACAACUUAUUAAUUCUUGAACAUACUUGGUUCAGGAGAGUUUGUAAGUAUGUGUGGUCCUGUUUGUUUGUUUUGGUUUGUUUUGUU